GAGUUAUUCUGGAUCAAGCGGUCCAAGAGCUUUCCCACGUCACAGUUGGGGACAUGGCCUCUACGAUCUCCUAUCCACCAGUGGCACCGCGCCCGCCCGAACUCCUCUCCCUGGGGGGAGGGGCGCGCGAUGAGGGCGGCGGCCGCAGUGCGCGCUGUGGCGCGGGGGGGCACUCUGGUAGCGGCCGCCGCAGCUGCCGUGCCCUGCAGCGCACGGCGCCAGGGUGGCGACGGCCGCCGCGCCGGCAGCCGCGCAGGCGCCGUCGGCUGCGACGAGCGUUCCUCCGAUCCGCGGGUGGAGCCGGCGCACUUUCCCAGGACCCGCGAGUGGCGCUUCCUGCAGCUGCUCCGCAGGCGGGGCGACCCCGCAGAGCUGCUGGAGGAGGCGCCGGCCGGCGGCGCCGCCCCGUGCGGCGCGCUGGCGCUGCGGCUGCUGCGGCUCGCCGACCGCGCGCCCGCCUGGCUGCCCGCCCCCGCGGAGCUGCGGGCGGAGGCGCUGGCCGCCUAUGCGGAGUUCGUGGCCGCGGCAGCGGCCGCGGGCGGCGUGCCGCCGGCGUGGGCCUCCGCGGCCCGCAACGCGCUGGCGCAGGCCUACGCGUUCCCGCUGCUGGGGCCGGAGGACGUGGCCUGCGCCGCGGCGGAGCUGCGCGCCAGGGGGGCCCGGCGCCUGCUGGACCCGCUGGCCGGCAGCGGCCUGCACGCGGCGCUGUUCGAGGCCUGCGGGUUCCCCGCCACGGCGUCGGACGGCCGGCCGCCGGAGGUGCGCUGGUUCGCAGUGGAGGAGAGGGCGGCAGAGGGCGUCUGCUGGAGCGCCUGGUCGGGCGGGGAGGCCGCCCUGCUCCUGAGCUGGCCGCCGCGCCAGUCCGCUGGGGGGGACUCCGCGCUGGAGGGCUUCCAAGGCCGGUGGCUGGUGCUCGUCGGGGACGGGGGCACCUGGACGGGCUCCGCUGACUUCCACGGGGCCCUGGCGUCGGGCUGGCGAGAGGUGUGGCGCCGCGAGAUCCUGAGGUGGCCUGCGAUGCAAGACGAUCUGCGCAUAUACGAGCGGGCUCGGUGA